AUGGGUAAUCGUGAUGAUGAAUAUGAUUAUUUAUUCAAAGUUGUGCUGAUUGGAGACUCGGGUGUCGGAAAAAGUAAUCUGUUAUCGAGAUUUACUAGGAAUGAGUUUAAUCUUGAAUCUAAAUCAACCAUAGGUGUGGAAUUCGCUACGAGAAGUAUAGAGGUGGACGGUAAAACCAUUAAGGCCCAGAUAUGGGAUACUGCUGGACAGGAGCGCUAUCGUGCGAUAACUUCUGCGUACUACCGUGGUGCAGUAGGUGCUUUGCUCGUGUACGAUAUUGCGAAGCAUUUGACCUACGAGAAUGUUGAACGAUGGCUGCGAGAGCUGCGCGAUCAUGCUGACCAGAAUAUCGUCAUCAUGCUCGUCGGGAACAAGAGUGAUUUACGGCAUCUUCGUGCCGUACCCACGGAUGAAGCGAAGGGCUUCGCAGAGCGCAACGGACUCAGCUUCAUUGAAACGUCGGCAUUGGACUCGACCAAUGUCGAAACAGCAUUCCAAAAUAUACUCACAGAGAUCUACCGAAUUGUAUCGCAAAAGCAAAUUCGAGAUCCGCCAGAAGGCAGUGUGAUUAGACCGAACUUGGAAAACAUCGACGUGAAGCCGACCAAUCCGACGACUGAUUCCGUGCGAAAACAAUGCUGCCAGUGACCGCCACAAGCAGAAGAGACGUCCGUUCAUGAUGCUGUGUAUUCAGUAAUAACAUCAUCCAGCACUACUAUUACUACUACAACUCCAGAUAGUACUGCAAGCACUACUACUGCUACCGCCAACACGGUUACUGCAUCUAAUAUUACAGAAAAAGCUAAAAUUAAAUACAAUAUUGCUCCAAAUGAAACUAUUACUACUACCACAACUACUACUACCACCACCACCA